AUGAAGGGUGACACAGUACGCGAUGAUGAGACGACGGCGUCCGACGUAAGCGAGCCGGAAGAUACCACCCGUCGCACGGCCACCGCAUCCGCGCGCACCGCUGCGAGGCGCCCCAAGGGCAAAGGCAAGGCUUCCUCAGAGCCUACCGCGACAGGCAAGGCCAGGAAGAAGAAGGCUGUCGAGGAUGAAGGCUCUGAGACGGGUUCGGGCUCGGAUGCCAACGAGGCACCACUUGGGCAGUCCAAGCAAGGCGGCACUGCGUCGAAGCGUAGUAAACAGGACGCACUCUCAGCCUCGCGGUCACUAUCUCUACGGAACAUGGGCUCCAAGGCGAGGAAAGCCGGAGAUGACAUGUCAACAGCCUCACCAACACCUUCUCCUCCCCCGUCCAAAGUAGCCACAGGAAAGAAGGCCGCUACUGGUGACUCCAGAUCCGCGUCACCCACACCAUCGCCAUCGCCAUCACCUCCCUCCGAAUUGGCCACAGGAAAGAAGGCUGGUGCUAGCGACGCUGUGUCUCCGUCCCCUACACCAUCACCAUCACCCCCGCCUAAAGCGAUAGGAAGGAAGGCCGGAACUGGCGACUCCGGAUCCCCAUCUCCUACACCAUCGCCAUCGCCAUCCCCCUCCCCGGAGCCUCAGCAAGAAGCAUCCCCGGCCAAGAAGAAGAAAGGUGGCCUGGGUCGUCUAGGCGCAGCCAAGCGUGCCGAGGCCGCAUCACAAUCGCCCGAGCCAGACGGUAGCCAGCACCAGCCGUCCAAGGGCGGGUUAGGCAAACUUGGUGGCCUCAAAGGGAAGAAGAAGAGGCGCGGCGGUCAGGACGGCGGAGCAGGACCUGCAUCAGAGGCUGGAGGGUCUGAGAGGGGAUCACCACCUGACGGCGCAGGGCACGGUGGAAAGUCGGAAACCAUUGCGGAGCCAAAGAUCGAGACCUCAGAUGAAAGGGCUGCCCGGAGGCGAGCUGAGCUGGCGAGGGACCUGGAGAAGAAGAGGGCUGCUGGGCCGGCGAAAAAGAAGCGGAAAUUUUGA